AUGCCUUCCGCAGACAACACUAAGCCUCCGUUCGAAAGAAUCCUCAUCGCCGGCGCCGGCCCCAGCGGCCUCCUCCUCGCCCUCCUCCUCGCCCAACACAACAUCCCCACCACCGUCCUCGAAGCCUGGCCCCAACUCGACACCCGCCUCCGCGCCUCUCAAUAUGGCGUCCCCGCGACCCGAAUAUUCCGCCGCGCAGGCCUGCUCCCUGACUUCCGCGCCGCCUCGAUCCCGAAGUUCCCGGCGAUCUGUUGGCGACGCGUCGCGGAUGGGGAGAAGCUUGUGGAGAUCGAUAUGGGGGUUGUAGAGGACGAGGAGGAUCGGAUGGUGGUGUUGCAGCUUGGAAUUAUUGUUCAGAUUAUGUAUCGGCAUUGUACGGAGAGGUUUCCAGGGUUGAUUGAUAUCAGAUUUAAUCACAAGGUGCUUGGGGCUGGGGAGGAGGCAGGGACAGGAAAGGCGUGGUUGGAUGUGGAGAUUGGAGGGGAGGAGGAGGAAAAGAGGGUGGAGAGGAUGGAGGCCGAUUAUGUGGUUGGCUGCGAUGGGUCAGGGAGUGCGGUGAGGAGGAGUUUGUUCGGCAGGGAAUGGCCGGGGCAGACAUUCGAUUGUCGGUUCAUUGUGCAGAAUGUGUUUUACGAGGGGUUUGAAAAGCAUGGUUGGGAUGGAGGUAACUACUUAGUGGACAAUCAACAUUGGGGGUUGGUUGCGAGAAGAGGGCAUGGAGGGUUAUGGCGCGUCACGUACGGAGAUCCGGCGGUUGGACUGACGGACGAAGAGUAUCUUGCCCGGCGGCCGUGGCAUUUCAAGAAUAUCCUGCCUGGUGCCCCGGAGCCGGACGAGUAUAAGGUCGAGCAGACGAACAUGUAUAACAUCCACAACCGCUGUGUGCCGUCGUUCAAAGUUGGACGGAUACUGUUGGCGGCUGAUGCGGCUCAUGUUUGCAAUCCGUGA